GCAUCAGGUAAAUUUCAGACUGCAGACGACAGGAUACACUCAAGUCCGCGUACUCCUCGCAAUCGCUAAACAGCGGUUCAUGAUUGGAAAAUCCACAAAGCAUCUAAGCAACGAUCCCCGUGCCCGCGAUCUCAUCGGAAGAAUGACGACGGUGAACAAGCUGCUAAAGUACGCGAGCUUCGGAGGACUAGCAACUGUCGGCGGUAUCCUCGGCUUGCAGAAAUACGUCGCCAUGAAGCUGACAGAGAACGAGUACUACAAGACCUCGCUGGCGAUGCUCCGAAACCACAAGGAAGCCGUCAAACUCCUGGGCGAGCCCGUCCGCGAGCGCAACAUCGACGUCGGUGACUCAAAAAGCACCACCACGCGUCCGUAUCGAGCGCGAAUGAAGGUUCCGCUCCGAGGCUCGAAGCAGUCCGGCGACCUCUACCUCUGGGCGCAGCGCAGAACUCUCCAAGACUCCUGGGAAGUCCUCAGGCUGGAGUUGGGGCUCCAGACGCUCAAGGACAAGCGUCUGCUCGUGUACGCCAAUCCGGGCUACGGCGUGGACUACGUGCGAAACUUUGACGUGGACGCUGUUCCCGAUAUGGUGGACGGUGUGGAGUCGUGAUCGGCCUCGUCCUUGCGUGGUUUAGCCAGUUUAGCGAUUCGCAAAAUAGAGCACACGUGAUACAAUGAUCGCACGUACACCUCGUGCCAUCCCGUAAGGCCGACUUCUCCAUUGCCCACUGCGCGCGCCAUGCUCUUCUGAAACAUGCUUAUGGCGUUCCGUGUGUACGCUUCUGCAGAAUUGACUGCCCCACGGCCGUUAGUAAACAGCUUGGGUA